AUGUCACGUGUUCCUAGGCUUGUUAUUCCUGGUAUUACAUAUAGUACUCAGCAGACUCAACAACCGCAGGCGCCGCCUCCACCGCGACCUGCAUCAGCAUCCGCACCAUCAGCAGCUGUGGCCUCGAUGAGUUGGGGCGUUCCGAGGCUAGUCCUGAACUUCAGCUCGGCUGUGGACGUUCAGGCAGCAUCUCAACAGCAAGUAUCUGCCCGCCAACCCGAAGAAGUUAAUGCUCAGAUUGAAUCUUCAAAUGAACCAAAAGAAGUAGCUAUCCAGAAGCCCACGUGCGGACUGGGAAGAGCCAGGUGGACGUUCGGCGUGGCCAAGCCCACGAUGAAGCACUCGCAGCGGCAGGUAUUCGAGGCCGUCCGCAACGACUGGAUGAACAACCGUACUGAGUCCUGGAUGGCUCUGCAUGUGCCGUACACGGGGCUGGUGGAGGCGCUGAGCGUUACCCCCUUUCCCAUCUUCAUUGCAUCCUCCAAGGCUGGCCAUCGGGUCAGUGCCCUGUCCGCAGCAUUACUGGGUUGGGAUCUACCACUCGACUCACCCAGGCUCUGCGCGUCACUUCUACCGCCCGAGGAAAAGAAGGCGGAGGCGCUGCGGACCAUCUCGCAUCAGCCCUUGUGUAACGCCUCGCCGCACACCCGACUACACUUCGUGGACGAUCGGCUUGACACGCUACUGGCUGUACGGCAGGUUCCGGAGCUGGCUUCACGAUGGAACUUAUACCUGGCAGACUGGGGCUACAACACGGCUGAGGAGCGCGCUGCUGCGGCCCGUGAGCCCGGCAUCCGGCUGCUGGGGCUGAGCGACUUCACCGCCUUGCUGGCGCCGCCACGUGAGGCCGCCGUGGAGCCUGCUGUGCUGCGCUGCGGAGAUCAAAAGGACCCCUGGUGCCUGUGA